AUGGAGACAUUCAGCAGGAAGACUUUGGUUUGGAUACUUCUGAGAGGAACAUUUUGUUUGUUGGUUCUUGGUGAACGUCGUGGCAGCUUCAGCAGAGAAGAACACCUGUCUUCACAGGAAAACUGGGCACCCCAAACAAGGAGUUUGGGUGAGAACCAAAAACUACCCAUAAUGCCCUUUUCAAAGCAGGGACUUCUGGAAAUCUUAGGAGGAAACCCUCGGUCUCCCUCCAACCCAUCCUCAAAGUUCAAGCUCCGUCCUGUUAUGAAAGUCCACGGAUCUACUAAGUUCUCCAGGACGUUCAGUUGGGGCGACUUUUACUCCAACAUCAAAACUGUCAAACUGAAUUUGCUGAUCAUGGGGAAAAUCGUGGACCACGGGAAUGGCUCUCUAGGAGUCUACUUCCGCCACAACUCCACAGGUGUUGGCAACGUGUCAGUCAGUCUCGUCCCGCCCAUGAAAGAGCUGGAGUUUGAUUUGGAGCGCCAAAGCGUGGUCAACCCAAAAGACUCCAAGACGUUCAACUGCAGGGUGGAGUAUGAGAAAACUGAACGCAGCAAAAAGGUGAUGCUGUGCAACUACGACCCAUCAAAAACGUGUGCUCAGGAGCAGACGCAGAGCCAUGUCACCUGGAUGUGCUCCAAACCUUUCCAAGUCAUCUGCAUCUACGUGUCUUUCUACAGCACGGACUACAGGCUGGUUCAGAAAGUCUGUCCGGACUACAGCUACCAGAAUCCAGAAGCAUACCUGCCCAAAGGUUAA